UGCAAUGCGCCUGCAAAGCACAGCGGUUCUGGAUAAGCCAUUCAUCAGCUAUUCGACUGACAAGAGCCCGUCUGCCAAAAUCUAAAGGCCGCUAUCGAGCUCAAAACACGCUCCAAUAUGGCUCACAUUGUCGACCGGCUGGACAUGCCGUCCAGCUACAAGGACAACAAGAAUAGGGUCAGCCGGGAGGACGAGAGGAAUCAGCUGGCCAACUCUACGACGCUAUACGUGGGCAACUUGAGUUUCUACACGACCGAAGCUCAGAUUUACGAGAUCUUCUCUCAAUGUGCCGAGCCGAGUGAAGGAGGUGGAAUCAAGCGUAUCAUCAUGGGCCUUGACCGAAAUAACAAGACCCCUUGCGGAUUCGCAUUCGUCGAAUACUAUCUGCACUCCGAAGCCCUAGCUUCGAUGCGUUACAUCUCGGGGACCAAGUUGGACGAGCGGAUAAUCCGGUGUGAUCUGGAUCCGGGGUACAAGGAGGGUAGACAGUUCGGGCGAGGGAAGAGCGGUGGGCAGGUACGAGAUGAAUACCGAGAUGACUAUGACGCCGGUCGAGGUGGAUGGGGUCAUGAAGCCGCCCAAGCUAAACGAAGACGAGAGCUCGCAGCUGCCGAUACCUAUGCUGCUGAAGGUGGUCUCGGUCGAGAUGGAGCGAAUGUGCCGGUGGGAGCUAGUGCCGAUGCUCCAACGAGGAAACGUGCGAGGUCGGAAGACGAAGACGAGGAUGACGAAGGCGCUCGCGAGGCACCUCCGAUGCGAGGGGAGAGGGAUGACGACGACGAUUGAUCUGCGCAGCAAGCGCGUUUGCCGUAUGGGCUUAUCUCCUGCUGUUCUGUAUAUCUGUACUGUGGUAUUUCGCUUUGGAGGUCCUACCUGCGGGUAUCUCGAUAAAUAGAUACCGUACUUCACCAUUGUCUCUGAAUUUACGCCAGUGAUUGAUGUAAGCUCCUCCCAGGUAUAAGGUCUCGGAUAAACUCCGGACGCUACCUUCAGCGCAUCCACAAGAGCUUGAUCGAGGCGAUGAGCACU